AUGAACUUAAUCAGAUUAAUUUUUAAGCAGAAGAAACGUUUAUUGGCUGCUGCUGCUAUUGCACUUUCGCUAAUAUACGGCGAGUCAAUUAGAAAAACAUUACAGACCAAAGCUCUUCCCUGUCAGGAAAGCCCUGACUUUUCAAUAUCCGAAAUAACUGGGUUUGUUCAUGGUGCACUUACCAUUGAAAAUUGCACUUGGAUUUGUAGAGCAAAUAUUUCCCAUUAUUUUGACUGGACAUGGCAUCGAAAUGGUGAGUAUAAUCGAUAUUUGAAAAUUAAAGCAUCGGAUUAUACCAUACCACAGGCAUCCACAUUGAGUGCAUUUAAAAAGCCUAUUGUUGUUAAUGAUGUCAGAUUAUAUCUUUACACACAUCCAGAAGAAGGAUUCAUCGUGGAUGUUUUUCGUCAGCUACCAAACAGUGUACCUCAUCCUCUUCCAAUUGCGAAGAAUCUUAGUCAGACUUGUCACGAGCUCAAUUUAACAAACUUCAAUGCUUGGCUGUCGUGUGUACUUGAUUCAACACUACUUGCACGUCGAAUACCCGCCACCACUCAUUUCGUGACUGUCGGCAUAUUUAACGCGUUUGUAGGCAUGGCUUCAUCAUGUGGACCCGAAGGAACUGUGUACACACCAUAUGCUACUUUCCAUUUUCAGAAAUGGUCUACUAGUCCAUGCCAUAACUCGCCCUUUGCUGUCAAUCAUACUGAAAAAAACGUUGAACUUUACGAUGAACUACUUGAUUCAGUGGGUGUUGGUCUGUCUGAUCAUGGUCAUUUUGCUCCUCAACAGUUACCUCGUAUUCUACGAUUAUUAGCAGUCGCUCCUCAGAGCUCGAAAUUGCUCGUGGCUAGCGGUGGUGCAGCUGAUCAAUUUGUAGAUAUACUUGUCAACCAGAGCAUUAUAACACGAGACAGGAUCAUACCAUAUGAUAAAAACAAAAUCUACCAAGCUAAAAUUGUCUAUCGCUCAGAAGCAUGGCCCUAUUUGUCUGGUGAUCUCUAUGGAAAAUAUCUGCAUGAUCGUACUGAUAUGGAGAUUGUACAUCGAUCACUUAUUCUCAAUGAGCUACCUGAAGAACAACGAAAUAUCAUACUUAUAGUUAAGAGAAAACCAUAUCAAUCACGGUCACUGAUAAAUCAUAAUGCCAUGGUAAAUAUGAUUGAACAAAUAUUAGCUAAUUUUUCGAAGACAUUACUUAAGAUACAAAUUUUUACAGGUGAAAGUCAUAUUAGAGACCAAAUUAAAAUCUGGCAGAAGUCAAAAAUUGUGAUCUCUCCUCAUGGUGCUGGCCUAAUCAAUGUUAUGUGGAUGAAACCAGGAUCAUUUGUCAUUGAAAUUGGGUAUAAGAGUGGAUGGACAUUACCUGAGAUGUAUUUCGAAAUAGCCACUCAUUGUAAGCACAAAUACUGGCUAGUAAAAGCUAAAGGAGCAUAUCAUACUCAAUUGUCCGUUGAUCUUGCUGACUUGCAUUGGGCUGUCGUUAGUGCUCUACAGCUAAUCUCUCACUAA